AUGGCGAGAGGAGCGGAAGGGAAGAUGAAGCUUGAAAGCGGCGAGCUGGCGAUGGCAGCACUCGUCGCCGACAGCUUCACAGAGAUGUUCGCCGGAAGCGCAGUCCAAGGGUGCAGCCUUGAGUCGCUCCUGCCUUCUCACCCUGCUCUUGUGCAGUUGCCUUCUGCUGAACUUGAAGACAGGCUCCCACACAAGACUGCUGCUCUUUCUACCGUGAACAACGCCUCCAUUCUUCAUAUUCAUGUUCCAUGCUACUCCGGCUUGCUGCAUCGUUACAAUCUCUGCUCACCGCCAGGAGCAUCUGUUCGGGACGUUCCUGUCAUCGGCCCAGGCCUUGCAAACCUCUACCUCAACCUACUUCAAACAGUGAACUCCAGCCCGCCGCGAGCUGACGGAGACGCAAGCAUUCCUGGUGUGCAUUACCAGCGUCGCGAGUCACCUGCCACGGAUCGCUUCACCACGAAUUACUACUUUGCCGAUGGCUCCUACGGUUCGAUCACCUGCGGGAACUAUACAACUGUUGCUGGGGACCACGUGAACCUGGUCACCGGUGAUUACGAGCUGGCCAACGGACAAAGGGGCAACAUCUACCAGGAAAACUCAAGUGAUGAGCCGAAUACUUCAGCGUUGCCCAUGCCCACACCUUUCACCAGCAGUGGCGUUGGCUCAGCCAUACCUGCAAGCGAAGUGGGCGGCCAGGCGACGUACUCAUCGUUGCCCACGCCAUUACUACCUCCUUUCACGACUACUUCUGCCACUGUAGGCAACGGCAACAACAGUACUACCGGCGGAAUCAUGCCAAAUACAACUGGGGGCACUUUCGCCGGAAGCGGCACUGGAGCUAGCUCUGCCUCUGCAACAGGAGGUCCAGAGAUUACACCGCCAGUCACCAGCAAUGGGGGAGGGCACAUCCUUCAUGGAGAACGCCACCGGAGCUUGAUCGGCCUGGCAGUGCUAGCAGCAGGAAUACACCACAUCGCAUACAGAUAG